CUAUUAUCUUUUCGAUCGCGAGUGUAUUGGGUCCGUUGAUUGGUGGGGCUUUUGUUGAUCAUGUUACUUGGCGAUGGGGCUUUUAUAUCAAUUUACCCAUCGGUGUGUUAGGCUUAGUAUUGAUAGCAUUUACACUUAAAUUACCUGGCGUUAAAGGAUCUUUGAGUGAUAAAUUGAAACGUGUGGACUAUAUCGGAACGGUAUUAAUCGUUGGCGCAGUAAUAACAAUAUUAUUGGCAGUAACAUGGGGAGGUACAAAAUAUGCAUGGUCAAGUGCAAGGAUCAUAUGUCUCUUUAUUGUUACUGGAAUUUUGAUAAUUGCGUUGGGCGUUUAUGAAACAAAAUUCGCCGUUGAACCAAUUAUUCCACCGCAACUAUUCAAAAUCCGAUCAGCAUUAGCAGUAUACGUUGGAGCACCAUUUUUCGUUAUGACUUUUUUCAGUUUAAUGUAUUUCCUACCGAUAUUUUGGCAAGUGGCAAAACAUAGUAGCGCAACAAUUAGUGGGUUACGCUUAAUUCCAAUCCCAGUUGGAUUAGUAAUAUCAGCAAAUCUUGCAGCUAUUUUAACGCCAAAAAUCGGACGAGUUCGAGAAUUCAUGCUUUUAGGUACAGCAUUGGGAGUAAUAUCAGUUGGAUUAGUCAGUACUUUUACGGAGAAUGAUUCAAUCG